AUGCGAGUCACGGUGACCAACGAGAAAAAGUUUAAGCCGUCCAGUACAAAGCUUCCGGAAAAAGCUGCUUUUCGUCGACCAGAGAGACAUGUGAGGCGCGCCCCAGCAUUCGCACCACUCGAUUCUCUGAUGCUUAGGUUCCAUCAGGAGGCGGAGAUGAAUCUUCCCGAAGAAGUCAUCUAUAACGUGAAGGAAAGCGAAGCAAAAGAAGCUCCGGCGACUUCCAGAUCUGCAAAGAGCCAAGAGGUGUAUGGCGUUAAUGCUCAGGGUGGGUUUUCUGGCAAUGCUAUCCAGGCUGCAUCUGAAGGAGGCUAUUCCGACGUGAUACAAGCACUGUUGGAGAAAGUGGCUGAUGUUAACGCUCAAGGUGGAAGAUACUGUAAUGCUCUCUGUGCUGCCUUUGAAAAGGGAUAUCAAGAUAUUGUACAGAUGUUACUGAAAAAUGACGCUUAUGUCGGUUCAAGAGAAUAA